GGAUCCUGGCGGCUCUGGGUCGCUGGUGGACGGUGGAGUGCGAGGGGCGCCGGCAGGGCCGCGGUCAUGACGGAGGGCACGUGUCUGCGACGUCGAGGGGGCCCUUACAAGACGGAGCCCGCCACGGACCUGAGCCGCUGGCGCCUCAGCAAUGAGCUGGGCCGGCAAACGUGGAAGUUUUUUGCGGACGAGGAGACCCCGGACCGCGCGCAGACCGCUCUGGAGGCGCACUCCGUGGGGUUGGACACGAAGAGUUACUUCAAGGACUUGCCCAAAGCCUACACAGCCCUCCAGGGAGCUCUGAAUGGAAUAACAUUCUACGUGGGACUGCAGGCUGAGGAUGGACACUGGGCGGGGGAUUACGGAGGCCCGCUAUUCCUCCUGCCAGGCCUACUGAUCACAUGCUACACGGCACGCAUCCCUCUGCCAGCCGGCUACGGAGAAGAGAUUGUGCGGUACCUGCGGUCGGUGCAGCUCCCUGAUGGCGGCUGGGGCCUGCACAUCGAAGACAAGUCCACAGUGUUUGGGACUGCGCUCAACUACGUGUCCCUCAGAAUCCUGGGCGUCGGGCCCGAUGAUCCUGACCUCGUACGAGCCCGGAACAUUCUUCACAAGAAAGGGGGUGCUGCAGCCAUCCCCUCCUGGGGCAAGUUCUGGCUGGCUGUCCUGAAUGUCUACAGCUGGGAAGGCCUCAACACCCUGUUCCCGGAGAUGUGGCUGUUUCCCACCUGGAUGCCCGCACACCCCUCCACGCUGUGGUGCCACUGCCGGCAAGUCUACCUGCCCAUGAGUUACUGCUAUGCCACCCGACUGAGCGCCUCUGAGGACCCACUGAUCUUGAGCCUGCGUCAGGAGCUGUAUGUGGAGGACUAUGCCAGCAUCAACUGGCCAGCACAGAGGAACAACGUGGCCCCAGAUGAACUGUACACGCCGCACAGCUGGCUGCUCCAUGUGGCGUAUGUGGUCCUCAACCUGUACGAGAGCUACCAUUGCAGCAGCCUGCGACAGCGUGCCGUCCGCGAGCUGUACGACCACAUCGUCGCUGAUGACCGCUUCACCAAGUGCAUCAGCAUUGGCCCGAUCUCAAAAACCAUCAACAUGCUGGUGCGCUGGUUUGUGGAUGGGCCCACCUCCCCUGCCUUCCAGGAACACGUGUCCCGGAUCCCAGACUACCUCUGGUUGGGCCUCGAUGGCAUGAAGAUGCAGGGUACCAACGGCUCGCAGAUCUGGGAUACCGCGUUCGCUAUCCAGGCUCUGCUGGAGGCAGGUGCACACCACAGGCCUGAGUUUUCAUCCUGCCUGCAGAAGGCGCAUGAAUUCCUGCGGCUCUCCCAGGUCCCAGACAACCCUCCCGACUACCAGAAGUACUACCGCCAGAUGAACAAGGGCGGCUUCUGCUUCAGCACCCUUGACUGUGGCUGGAUCGUUGCCGACUGCACCGCUGAGGCCUUGAAGUCUGUGCUGCUGCUGCAGGAGCAGUGUCCCUUUGUCACCGAGCACAUCCCGCGGGAGCGGCUCUGUGAUGCUGUAGCUGUGCUGCUAAACAUGAGAAACUCAGAUGGAGGGUUUGCCACCUAUGAGACCAAGCGUGGGGGGCAUCUUCUGGAGCUGCUGAACCCCUCCGAGGUCUUUGGGGACAUCAUGAUCGACUACACCUAUGUUGAGUGCACUUCGGCAGUGAUGCAGGCGCUGCGGCACUUCCACGGUCAGUUCCCGGACCACAGGCCCUCAGAGAUCAGGGAGACUUUGCAGCAGGGCCUGGAGUACUGCCGGAAAACGCAGAGGCCUGAUGGCUCCUGGGAGGGCUCCUGGGGCGUCUGUUUUACCUACGGCACCUGGUUUGGCCUGGAAGCUUUCGCCUGCAUGGGGCAGAGAUACCAGGAGGGAUCUGCCUGCCCAGAGGUCUCCCUGGCCUGUGAUUUCCUGCUGUCCCAGCAGAUGGCUGAUGGAGGUUGGGGGGAGGACUUUGAGUCCUGUGAACAGCGUCGUUAUGUUCAGAGUGCCCAGUCACAGAUCCACAACACGUGCUGGGCCCUCAUGGGGCUGAUGGCUGUCAGGCAUCCUGAUGUGGCUGCCCAGGAGAGAGGAAUUCGGUGUCUGCUUUCGAAGCAGCUUCCUAAUGGUGACUGGCCCCAGGAGAACAUCUCUGGGGUCUUCAACAAGUCCUGCGCCAUCAGCUACACCAGCUACAGGAACGUCUUCCCCAUCUGGGCCCUCGGUCGCUUCUCCCGCUUGUACCCCGAGAGAACACUUGCUGGGAGCACUUAGAGAGGUGGUGGAUCAGACAAGCUCCAUGCGAGGCCAGUGUGUGCUCUGGGUGGUGGGGACCCCUGUAACUCUGACAGCCCCAUCCCACAUUCUCACCUGUGCAGCUGAGAGCCUGGGUCCUGGGCCAGGGCAGGAUGAGGCCAGGGCUGGUGGCUUUACACAAGUGGUUUCUCCUUAGCCCAGCACAGCUCUGAGCACAGCUCGGCUACUGGUACGUCUGGGACAUGGAAGAGGCGCUGCACGCUCUGCCACCACUGGGCCUGCGUCCUCUGGGGCCUGUGGGUUUCAGGCCAGCUGCCCCUGGGCUUCUGUCUGUCAGGCUGAUGGACACCUAGGGUCCUAGGACAGGUGGAUGGGGCUGUGUGCUCCUGAGAGCAACCUGGGUCUCCUGCGUGUCCUGAGGCUGUGCUAUGGGGACCAAGUCUGGCCAUGGACGCAGCCCUGACCUCUGUUGGAUGGUUUUUGGUGUGGUUCAGUCAUUCUGAGGUGCCUGUAGCCACCUGGUGAGGCCUGGCACCCAGGGCAUGCCCAGCUGCUGCCAGCCCUCCUACCUGAGUGAGACAUGGGCACAUAAUGGACAGCUUCUUUGGAGAGUCUCUGGGUCCUGUGUGGCUUCUGCCCCAUGGGCCACACCCAUGGGUCAUAGGCAGAGGACAGAGUUGGGUCCCAGCCCUUCCUUUGUCUGCCCAAGCAGCUCACUGGCUGUCACCUAGCCAUGAAGUUGGGAUGGGCACGUUAAGCUGGGGUUUCUAAACAGCAGUGCCCUGCUGCCCUGUCCUGUCAUCACUCCAGGCCACCAGCUACCCCCACCUCCUGGCCUGGCAGCUCGCCACUGUCCUCCCGCAUAGCCCUGGGGAGCCAAGCCCGGAGGCUCU